AUGUCGGUCGAUUUCACGACGUGUAAUGCUGCCAAUGUUUGUGGGACAGGGCACAACACCCUUUGUGCAGACUGGUUUUCAAAGCACCCAGCCGCAGUAGCACACAGGGUUGUAGCUGCGGGCUUUGGUGGAUUUAUUUCCAUUCUCCAACAAGGGCAGCGAGAUAGAAAGUUGCUGCAUGCGCUGGCAAAACGUUGGUGGGACACAACCCACACGUUUCACUUCAAUAACAAUUUUAGUGCGAUUACAAGACUUCCAGUAUAUGGUAAGCCGUUAUUGUACAACGUUCAUGCUUACAAGAAUAAGGCCAACCUAAAGCGUUUAUAUGGGAACUGGAUGCUACCGUUACAUGGGCAUAAAGUCAAGUACACCACCCUCCACAAGAGAUAUAAGAAUUGGGUCCCAAAAGAUGCCACCGAAGUUGAUCAAUUUGCAAGGGUGCUCAUUCUUGCUUUGGUUGGCUUAACCCUCUUCAUUGACGAGCACUGA